AUGACCGAGCAAGAUGUGUCCAUCUUUACGCAAUGUCUUCGUGGCUACUCAGUUGCUCCUGUUGGAAAGAAUGUGAUUCAUCCUGAUCAGGUUUUAUGCGAGCUCAAUGAUGUUUCGUCAUGCCCUAGCAACGAAAACACAUUUGCAGCUGAAACGACUGAUAUUGACGUAUCUGACUCUCUAUUAGUUUCAAUGUGUGGAGAUAAAACCAGAUUACAACAGCUGAAAGAACGUAGAGAGCAGUAUUUGAAUGAGGAACGCGAACUUGGUGGCUCUUUCAAUAUUUUCAAUAAUGAAGUACCAAAAUUUACUAGCAUACCCGUAGAAGAUGUAGAUUUGAAUAAAACUCCAGUACAAACUGCUGGAUCCCAGGGGAGAAUUGGUGAAGGCUGUUCAACACCCAAGGACAUCAUUGAUCAUACGUUUGGCCCGUUACGGCAUCUCGAUCUUUCUGAGGUAGCUGAUAUAACAACCCACCUGAAUCUUCCGAAAGUAUUAGCAGAUAGUACCAAUAAUGAUAAGAGACCCAAAAAAAUUUCAAUGGUACCCGAGAAGCGACAGAGCGAGACUUUUGUGUUACCAGUGGUUAACAAUGAGGGGACUUUCCUGGUUCCAAAGCCAAUUCGACGUAUCUCGAAACCCGCUGACGCAAAAAAAGAGGAGGUAAAGAAGACGGAUAGCCUUUCUGUUAAAGCUAUAGCGAAUGCUGCUUCACAGAAGGCUACUGAUACUCUAAAAUUUAACCUGAACGCCGAGACUGUGGAAAAAAAGAACAAUCUGAAUGUAUUGAUCAAGCCAGCUAAAGUUGCAACCAUUCCCCCCGCAAAUGAACAGAAACAGUCCGAAACAUUUGUUCUGGAUCGUGAAGAAACUUUUGUUAUACCCGAGAAAGUUACUACACAUCCUGUCAAGAUAGGAUCAUCUGCUAGGGAGAAACGAGAGCAGAAUAGAAAGAAUCAGUCAUCUCUACUGGAAGAUUUGCGUAUGGAUAUUAACUCCCCCGGCCGAAUUAUGUUUGGUUCUAGACCUGCUAAGAAAGUUAGAGAAUUGCCCCCAACACCAGUUCAGAAUCGUGAUGUGAACGAGAAGAAUCUUUUUGGCAUCAGAGACAGGAUUGGUGUUAUGACACUGGGUUCAAAGAUAUCCAAAGCGAAAGAGAGAAUUGUUGACGAGAAUCAUGACGAAGACUUAAUUCUAACUGUUCCUGCAACGGGCAAGGAAGAUGAUGUUCAGCCUGAUGUUGAUAUGGGUACACCUAAGAGAAGUACUGGAUCCCAGCGAACUAACGCCAUUCAGGCUGUUGUUGAUCGUCUGUAUCAGUCCCCUUCUAGGCGUAUUCGUGAAAAAGAAAUAUCAAAGAAACCCACUGCAGCUCCGACGCCAUCGAAAGAUGAUUUGUUGGCAACUCCCACUCGAGCACAAAAGACACCAAGAACAGAACUAACUCCCAACGCUAAUUUCAUGAAGCCAACUGUGUCGUCAGUCAUGAGAACUUCAAUAAACUCUGGAAAGCGAGGUGCUGAUGUCAGUAGAAUUUUACAGGAGAGUGUUUUAAGAACACCUACUUCUACGGAGUGUACACAAAUUAUGUGCGAGAGACAGAUGAACAGUGGGGUUAUCCCUCGUUUCGAUACUGCCAAAAUUGAUCGCACCAAAUUGGAGAGAAUCCGCUUAUUCCCUAACGAUACUCGCAAUGAAUCGUUUAUGUCGACUAGAGAAGCGAACCUCGCGAAGUCUCGGUCAAAACGAAAGUCGCAGGCUGAUGUUUAUGAUAAUACAUGUUCAAAUGGAACAGAGAGGAGAAAUUGUGUUCCGAUCGCCGAAAAUGCGGAAGAAAGUUUGGUAGAUAACUCGAUGGGUGGAGUACCAGACUGCUACGACGAUUCCCACGUUCAAAAUGCAAACUGUCUGCCCAGUACUCCCUGUCGAGCUCCGGAUGCGAAACGUCUUCUAACUGAUUCUUGUUGCACGGUGAACACGCCGUCAAGAUCUGGGAACAAGCUGAAUUUCGAUGAUGAUGAUGAUGAUAAUGACGAUCAUGACAACAACAAUGAUGACAGCAAUGUAUCAAGCGGACGUGGUAACAAAAUGUCUCACAGUGCUCGAUUCGAUAAUGAUGGAUCAACAGUGAACGAUGAACUUUUCGAGAGAUUGUCCGUUACUGAUGACGAAGAUAGGAUUGUGUCGAUAGGCCGCGUUCUAAAGCGCAAAAAAGUUGAAAUCGUUCUUAAGCCAAGAGAAAUAAUUAAACCCGUCAUCGAUGAAGACAGUGUUGGACUGAGACGAUCAACAAGGAAUCGGAUGAAACCGACUAGAGAUUGGCUUGGCGAGAAGCCAGUUUAUGCAUUUUCACCAAGUGGUGGCAGAAAGCUUGUUGGAUCUACUUCUGUCGUCAUUCAUGAUCCUACGUUACUGAAGGCUCGUUCUUUGGAUAUCAAUGUUAUAACAGAUCAGCAAAUAAGAGAAAACGCAAGAAAGAGAAAGGAGCGAGAGCGGCGCAGAGCAGAAGCUAAACUGAGAAAAGCUCGUAAAGUCAAGCAGCUUCGCGCGUUACACAGGAAAGGAGAGAACUUAGACAUAACUGUUGACUCGAUUGUAACAAGUUCUGAUGAAGAUUCUGAGUAG